AUGAAAAUUCCGUUCUGUGCCACUGGUUCAAACAUAUUAAUAAAAUGGUUUCCUAUAAAAAAGUCAAGUGUGGUGGGUAUUAAUGGUGGUGGUGAAUUUGAUGCAGUACCAGUAUUUGCUAUGAUGGAGUCGAUGGAGUCAUGUGUCCCACCGGGUUUUCGAUUCCACCCAACAGAUGAAGAGCUUGUUGGUUACUAUCUGAGGAAAAAAGUGGCUUCUCAAAAGAUUGACCUUGACGUUAUCAGAGAGAUCGAUCUAUAUCGUAUUGAACCAUGGGAUCUCCAAGAUAGAUGCAGGAUCGGGUAUGAAGAGCAGAAUGAGUGGUAUUUUUUCAGCCACAAAGAUAAAAAGUAUCCAACAGGGACAAGAACUAAUAGAGCUACUAUGGCGGGCUUUUGGAAGGCUACAGGAAGAGACAAAGCAGUUUAUGACAAGACAAAACUAAUUGGGAUGAGGAAAACCCUUGUCUUCUACAAAGGAAGAGCCCCUAAUGGACAGAAAUCUGACUGGAUCAUGCACGAGUACAGGCUUGAAUCAGAUGAGAAUGGACCUCCACAGGAGGAAGGAUGGGUUGUGUGCAGAGCCUUCAAGAAGAAAACAACUGCACAAACAAAGAGUAUUGAAGGAUGGGACUCAAGCUACUUUUUUGAGGAAGCAAGUGGGGUAAGCAGUGUGGUGGAUCCAAUCGAUCUCAUUUCAAGGCAGUCUCAGAGCUUUUUAGCUCAAAAUUUCAUUUGUAAGCAAGAGAUAGAAGCAGAUAACUUGAGUUGCAUGCUCCAAGACCCAUUUGUACAACUUCCGCAGCUAGAAAGCCCUUCUUUGCCAUUAGUGAAGAGGCCAAGCACAGUGUCACUAGUAUCAGACAAUAACGAAGAUGAAGACAUUCAAAACAGGUUAUUCAACAACGACACAAAGAAAGUAACGGAUUGGAGAGCUCUUGACAAGUUUGUAGCCUCUCAACUGAGUCAAGAAGACACGCAUGCAACCAACGGACUCUCAAGCUUUGAACCCAAUGAUAGCCAAGACAUGGCACUGCUACUACUGCAGAGUAGUAGGGAUGACGGGAACAGGCUAAGCCCGUUUCUAAACACAAGCUCAGACUGUGAUAUUGGGAUAUGCGUAUUUGAAAAAUGA